AUGUCUCCUGCUAGGUUGAGGAAGUUUCAGGAAUGUUGUGAAAGUGAAAAUAUUGUCAAGAAGUCUUUAUGCUUAGAUGUUCCUACAAGGUGGAAUUCCACCUACUUGAUGUUGAGCAGGGCUAUUGAAUAUGAGCGUGCCAUUAAAGAAUAUUCUGAUCGUGAUACCAGCUUAUCACGUUAUCUUAUGUUUGAUGCUAUUUCAGAUAGAAAGCCUGUAGGUAUGCUUACAAGAACUGAUUGGGAUGAUGUAAAGAGAACUGCACAAUUUUUUGAAAUAUUUUAUAAUCUCACUUUGAAGGUGUCCGGAUCACUUUAUGUAACAUCAAAUGCCCAUUUUCUUGAAAUUGGUCAAGUUGCUGUUUACUUAAAUCGAUUAAUAACAACUGAAGAUGAACUUUUGAGUGAGAUGGAAUCAAGUAUGUGGAAAAAAUUUGAGAAGUAUUGGGGUGAACCAAAAAAAAUAUACAAAAUGAUUUUCAUUGCUUGUGUUUUGGAUCCUCGCUACAAGUUUACUAUUGUUAGUUUUGUACUUAAGAAGAUGUUUGGAGAUGAAGGGACAAUUAUUGAAAAAGAGGUUCAUACUUAUAUGAGUUCAUUGUUUAAUGAGUAUGUCUCUAAGUCGGUUUCAAAAGAUACUGGUGGUAAAGUUUCUACCUGUUUGCCAAGCUCUUCAUUCAGCACAAUGGAAACUUCAACUCCUGGUUUAGGUGAACUUUUAGAUGAAAUAAGGAAACAUAAAGCUGCAAGUGGAGGUGUAGAUUCUAAAAUAGAAUUGGAAAAGUAUCUUGCAGAAGAUCCUGAAAAUGAAAGAUCGGACUUUGAUAUCUUGGCUUGGUGGAAGGUGAACUCACCUAGAUUUCCUAUUCUUGCUAGGAUGGCUCGAGAUGUGCUUGCUAUUCCUAUUUUAAUUGUGGCAUCUGAAAGUGCAUUUAGUACCGGAGGGCGCAUUCUUGACCAAUUUAGGAGUUCAUUAACUCCUAAAUUGGUUGAAACUCUAGUGUGCCUUCAAGAUUGGCUUCGGAGUGAAUUGCUUCAUGUAAAUGUUGAGGAAGAUUUAGAUUUUCUCGAGACACUCGAAGAAGGAACUCCAGAUGGCUCUGAGACAAACGAUGGAGUUGCAAAUCAAAACGGAGUCGAAGCGAUUCAAAAUGCUGGAGUUGUAAACGAACAAGCACUUGAUGAUGCCUUAAAAAAUCUGAUUGCUCAGUAA